AUGUGUCCGGGGUUAGUUUUGUGUAUUCUUGUUUUUUGGAUUGGGCGCCUCAAAGUGCGUUUCAGCCCUAGGUUUUCCAGCAUUUGAGAUGAAUUUUCUCGAAGAUUUGGAGGUUCUAGUGGGUCCCAUUAUGUUUUUUGGCAUCUACAGUAACAGUAGAAUCAUUUAGAAGCAAAAGUAGGCGAAACAUUUUUUGCGGGAAAUUAAACUUUUUCGCAUACAUUGGCAAAAUGGCUUGAAAAAUUUUUUCGGCCAAUUCUGCUUCAAAUUGAUUCUGCUGAUACUAUAGAUGCCAAAAAACACAAUGGAACCCACUGGAACCUCGGAAUCUUCGAAAUGCAUUUCCCUGAAGUUUUUCUGGUUGAUCACUGUGACAGGUGUCGUUUUCCAAAAGAGCGUCGCAGCUGGUGCUGUUCUUUUUUCGGGAUUGCGUUUUCAAUUCAAUUAGCAUUCCAUUACAUUCAGUUUCAUUUCAUUUUUUAAUGGAAACUGCACAGGUGCACGUACUUUUUUCACUACAAAGAAGAGGAUAGACUGUAGUAGCGCAUUCCUACUUUCCAUUACCACUUCAUAAACACAUUGUUCAACUUCCAGACCAGCUAUGAAUCCCAACGAGCCCAUCCGCGUCUACUUCCGCCAUCCGAACGAUCCGAUUCUUCCGCUUCCGCCGCGCCGUCUGCCCACCAUCUACGGAUUUUCUCCCCGAUCUCUGCUCAUCUACUACUGUUUCUUCAUCUCGAUCUUUCUACCGAUCAUCGGAGUGCUCGCCUGUCCCGACGAUCAACUUCUCAAAAUAGUGAAGCUAGCCGUCAUCGGCUCCACAAUCGCCAUUAUGUUGUGCACCGCGAUUUUCGCAAACGUGCGCUUUGUUCCGAUGCUCCAUAUGGCCAUGUACAAUUCGGUAAGGCUAUUGGAGAAACUAGGGCAAAUCAAGGUUCAUUUUUGAGAUCGGCUUCGUCAUCUUCUUCUUCUCGAUCAUCAUCGGCGCACUGUACAACCGAGAGAAACUGUCGCGAACACUGACAUUCAGAGACUUUGUCACCAUUUUUGCCUUCACCGUCAUCUAUUUCUGGGGUAAGUGGGUGGUACUGUAGGCUCGGCGUACGGAAGAUGCUUUUGUAGUGUUCCUCUUCAAAUCGUACAUCCUGCGCCUGACAAUCAAGGAGUUGAAGAUCGAGUUGGAGGAGGAAGAGGUGCCGGUGAUUCGUCAACAUCCGGAGCUCGGAGAGACUUCGCUUUAG